AUGGGAUUUUUUGAUAGUUACAAUUCAACAAGACUAAGUGCAAUAAAAGAAGAAGCAUUAUGUUAUAGUUUACCGUAUGGUGUUUUGGGGGCUGCCGGUUGGGUAUUAGCGCUUAUCACUACCGUGCGAGUAUACAUGAAUGAUCCCAAAGAAAGAAAUCUUUCAUAUAAAAUUCUUAGAAUUAUUACAACCAUAGGGCCGAUUAUCUAUACAAGUAUUCGUUGCAAUGCAAAUUGGGAAUUUAUAUUAAUUGCAUUUAGUAGGCUCGGUCCAUGGGCUUGCACAAUGGCUUAUGAUCGUAUAGAGAGAACGAAAGAAGAGAAGAGUGAACAGAUAAAUUUAGUAAUAAAUAAGGUUUUAGUGUGUGCAUCAAUCGCUCUUCCUGUUAUUGGUAUCGUAGCGGUGUUUCAAUUGAUUAUGGUUGAAUUAGAAAAUAUUAAUUCUAAGUGGCAAGUUGUACUUUGCAUAAUUUUUUCAGUAAUAGUUAUAUUGGGGAUGGGGUAUUGUUGUGGGAAAUGUUUGAAUUGUUGUAUGUGCUGUUUGAAUAAACGAGCUUCUGAAGUCUUUGUAUAUUACUUUGUAAUCACUACUAAUAUAUUUGUAAUAGAUAGUUUUCUUGCUGCCCUUUUUGAUGAUACACUUGGGAUUCCUCAUGACACUCCAGGAUUAGUAUCAGCUAUUAUCUUUCUCAUCGGGAAAAAUUGGAAUAUGAUUGGUCUUAUAUGUGAUCUUUUGUGCCCGUAA